GCAAUUUACUUCAUCAGGCAGCGCAAGAAGGGACGUCUCGAAUACGCCCUUGACGACGCCAAGUGGAACACUGAACGAAAUGACAUGAACAAUCUGCAAACCACGUGGAAAGCAAGCGAAUGGGGAAACAAAGGUUACCAACCAGUGAACUAGCCAAAAUUUCGUCAGAGAUACCUAGGGAUACGACAACGCUAUCCCUGCGUUGAUGAUGAAAACGAAACAAAGAAUGCUGUUCGGAUGUCUUCUGCCACGCCACCUGCACAAGGAUCUGCUAUGCUGCCUCCUUAUGCACGUGGCAGCGGAGGUCGAGCGAAAGGAUCUCGCGCCAGCUUUGCUGGCCAAAGUUGCGUGGGUUGGUUUUCAAUCUCGGGGUUUUGGCGUCGUUUUGGUAGAGCGUAUUGGGCUCAUGAUUUGCCUCACAAUCCUCUUCCCUAUUCUUCCAAUUCAUGUCUAUAUAUAUAUACCAUUCACUGACUUUUUGUAUUGUGUUUGCAACCGGACACUUCAUUUGAUUGUAUAUACGAAACUGCAUUGUAUAUCCAAUUACGCAGCCUCCUCUACUUUUCCCACUAGAUGGUGUAUGGCAUACAUAGCCAGGCUUUCAGGCUUGCCGCCUAGCAUAUCCCAUAUGUUUCUCUUUCAUAACCACAUCUUGUUUUGCUUACCUAGGGUUGAUAGGGGUUGUUCGAAUGCAAGAAGGAUCGAGCUUGGCCAAAGCACUCUCAAUUCGCCUUACGAAUUAACGAGGAGCAUCAUCGCCUGUACAUAGCAUUGAACUCAGGGAUUGGAGAUGUUCUUUCGUACGUCUACUAGAGUUCUAGGAGGGAAGACGACCUA